AUGGUAACCGUACCAUCCCUCCUGCUCCUCCUCCUCCUCCCCUGCUGCCUCCUGCACCGCGCGGCCGCCCAUGAGGGGCAGCUUCUCAUCCGGAUCAAGGGCGCGUGGGGCAACCCGCCCGUGCUGGCGGCAUGGAACAGAUCCAGCGACCACUGCACCUGGCCCUACGUGACCUGCGACGCUUCCUCCGGGCGGGUCACGAGCCUCUCCCUCGCCAACGCCGGUGUCGCUGGCCCAUUCCCGGACGCCAUCGGCGGCCUCUCCAGCCUCACCAGCCUCAACCUCUCCAACAACCACAUCACCGGCGCCUUCCCGACCAGCGUCUACCGGUGCACUUCGCUUCGGCACCUCGAUUUGUCACUUACCUGCCUCCACGGCGAGCUCCCUGCCGACAUCGGCAACGGCGUGCCGCUGCUGCAGACGAUGAACUUGUCAGGUAACCAGAUCUCUGGCGAGAUCCCGAGGAGCGUAGCCAAGCUCCGCUUGCUGAUGCACUUGGACCUGAGCAAGAAUCAGCUCGCCGGCGAGAUACCGGCUGAAUUGGGCGCCAUGCGGCUCGACGACCAAGUACCGGCAGGACUCGCCAUCGCCACUUACGACCGCAGCUUCCUCGACAACCCCGGCCUCUGCCAUGCCGGUUUGGGGCCAGGCUAUCUCACCGGCGUGCCCUCCUGUGCUGCGGGAACACAAGCCGCCUCCUCCUCUGGGGGCGUCUCGCCGGCGUUCCGCACUGGCCUCCUGGUCGCUGCCGGCGCGCUCCUUGUGCUCAUCGUUGCCUUAGUCUUCUUCCUCCACGACAUCAGGAAAAGGAAGCAAGCGGCACAGGACGGUGGCUGGAAGAUGACGUCUUUCCAGACCAAUCUGGGCUUCGGGGAGGCAGACAUACUCCGGGCGAUUACCGGUGAGAAUUUCGUCGGCAGCGGCAGGUCGGGAUGCGUGUACCGCGUCGCGUUACCCACGUACAACGGCAAGGACAGCGUCGUUGCCGUGAAAAGAAUAAGGAGGGCUGGGAAGGUGGAAGAGAGGCUGGAGCGCGAGUUCGAGUCGGAGGUCGGCAUCCUCGGCGGCAUCCGGCACAAGAACAUCGUCAGGCUCAUGUGCUGCCUCUCGCACGCCGACUCCGCCGACAAGCUCCUCGUGUACGACUACAUGGACAAUGGCAGCCUCGACGGGUGGCUCCACAGGCGCGCUCUCCCCCACGGCGUCGGGCAUUCCGCGUCGUCCGACGAGGGUUAUUUGGACUGGCCCACGAGGAUCAGAGUCGCCGUGGGCGCCGCGCAGGGGCUCUGCUACAUGCACCACGAGUGCUACCCGCCCAUCAUUCACUGGAACGUCAAGACCAGCAACAUCUUGCUGGACUCCGAGUUCCGAACCAAGGUCGCAGACUUCAGGGUGGCCACGAUGCUGAUGCAGGCCGGCACGCCCGACACCAUGUCCGCCGUUGCCAGGUCGUUUGGCUACAUAGCUCCAGAGUGCGGUAACACGACGAGUGUGACGGAGAAGGUGGACGUGUACAGCUUCGGCGUGGUGCUCCUGGAGCUCACCACCGGGCGGGCGGCCCACGACCGCGGCGAGGACGGGUCCCUGGCGGAGUGGGCGCGGCACCGGCACGAGUCAGGAGGAAGCAUCGACGGAGCCACAGAUAGUCGCAUCAGAAACGCGGGGUUCUCGGAGGAGAUCGAAUUCGUGUUCAGGCUAGGCGUGAUGUGCACCAGCGCGUCUCCGUCGUCGCGGCCGACCAUGAAGUACGUGCUGCAGAAGCUGCUCAGGUGCUCCGAGCAGACGCACAAGAAGGGCAAGGUGACUCCGCUCUUGCAGACGCUCCGGGAGUACACGAGUGACUUCGACAGCACUGUCUGA